CCAGAAGUUUAGGAAGUGUGUGCAGGUAGCAGUCCAGAGUGCCUUUCGCCCGUGCCCUUUUCUCUGUGCACCAAUCAACGGUGCAGGGCUCGUCCACGCUGUCUGCUGUCUAGAGCAGCCGCUAAGAGGAAGGAAAGCUCUCAGCCGGCCCUGAUUUGAGUGGUACUGGGAGCAGGCGAAUGCUGUGACUGUGCCGCUCUUUGGCUCCGGCUUGCAGGGGACGGGAAUCAGCGUGGGACAGAGCGGCAGCUGGCCUGUCACAGUGCGAUGAUGAGCGGCGUCUCUGCACCAGCUCAGCGCCUGAGAAAGUACCAGGACCUGCCGGUCUGGGUUGUAGAGGAUCACCACGAUGUGCUGCCUUUUAUUUAUCGGGCUAUUGGAUCGAAACACUUGCCUGCAAGUAACAUCAGUUUUAUUCACUUUGAUUCACAUCCAGAUCUCCUGAUACCAGUGAAUAUGCCUGCAGACACUGUGUUUGACAAAGAAGCCUUGUUUAGGGUCACAAGCACAGAUGAUUACUUCCUAAGUGAUGGUCUUUAUGUCCCUGAACAUCAACUUGAAAACCCUAAGCCUCUUCAUUUGGAUGUCAUCUUGUUGAACCCUGUAAGAGAACCAUGCUGUGAAGAUGCAGAGAAGGGUGAAUCUGCUGCUAAAAAGCUAAAGCUUAUGGAAAAUGAUGAAGUAGCUGGAGGUCUCUCCUCUGCAUUUCAAUGCGCAUCUUCACAGGGAGUCGGCUUUGCCAUGUGUGAUGGUGCAGAAGACAGUUUGAGAAAGAGCACUUCCCUUAGUGACACCAUGGAAACAAACAGAGAUUUCAGCACCACGUCUUCACCGAACGCGAACCUUGCUAAAAGCAUUAUUCAAAUCUUGGAAAGAGGGGAUGCUUAUGUUUUGGAUAUAGAUCUAGAUUUCUUUUCAGUAAAGAAUCCUUUCAAAGAAAUGUACACACAGGAUGAAUAUAAAAUCUUGCAGCAAUUGUACAGUUUCAAGAAGCCAAGCUCUGAUUCCUCAGAGGAUGCACUGGUUGAUUCUGUGGAUAGCCGAAUACGUCAACUUGAAGAUCUGGAGGCCGCAUUUGGAGAUUUUUGUGAAGAUGAUGGUGAAGAGACUGUACAAAGAUGGUCGUCAAAUACUGGAAUGAGCAGUCUUGCCCAGCUUGUGCACAGUUUGAAAUCCCGAAUGGAAACACCAGAUUAUGAAAUGAUUCAUCAAGCUGGUCUUACGUGUGAUUAUGCUGAGCUUCCACAUCAUGUCAGCACCGAGAAAGAGAUUGAGGCGCUUGUCCAGUCCAUGCAGCAUUUACUGAAACACCUGCCAAAACCAACUCUCGUAACAUUAGCCAGGUCCAGUUUAGAUGAUUACUGCCCUUCUGAGCAAGUUGAUUUCAUACAAGAGAAAGUCCUGGAUGUUCUUCGUUCACUUUUUGGACCUUUGGAUGUUCAUUUACAAUUUUCUCCUGGCUCAUCCUCUGUCUGACUGUUUUUCCAGGGGGUAUAUUUUUAUGUUUGGUGGAAUUAGGGGCCUGUACGCGAGUCUACGCGAGUCUUUGGUAUUUGCCACUUGCAUGAGUUAACAAAGGCAAACCUCGCAAAUAACUUUCUUAAGGACAUCAUGAGAUAACACAUAUGAAUAACCCUGUGUAGAGCUAUUAUCUUUCUCAUUAAUAUCUGCAGUGAAUGGUAGAGACUAGUUUCUGUAUCACUAUUAAACAGAUCUAUAGCUAGUAAGGGGUAAUGGGGCAGGAACAUUUAGCCCAUGUUUCUAUUCCUAGUGAGAACAGUUUUCCAAUUUGUGGUUUUAUUUCUAAGUGAAUAAGAUGUCCAAUUUGUAAUGAACCUCUUCUAUGGUGUUAGAGAAUUAUGAAUUUACUGCUAUCAUAGAAAUAAUAGCUGCUAAGGUUCUAUGUCUGUUUUUGUUUGACUUUGCAAAUAGCAAUAUUUUAAAGCAUACUGAAUUUUAAAAUUUAGUAAGCAUCUUUAGCAAUAUUAUAGUUUUUGUUUUUGGGUUCUAGCUAAAUUGGAAUCCAUAUAAUAACUGUCCUUUGACAUUUAAUCCACAGAAAAAGAAUCCUCUGAUAAUUAAAUGCAACUAUAAUUUCA